AUGCUGUGGCUACCAGACUUCCUUCUGCUGCUGCUUCUACUGGAAAGGGGAUGGAGAGUUAUGGGCACAGACGUGUGCCCAUCAUCCCUGUGUGACUGUUCAGAUUGGGACCACUACAAAAUCACCUGCGUGGAAAUACAUUUAAUCCCUGACCUCCCACGGAGCACCCAGAUAUUGAGGUUUAUGGAAACCCAUCUGACAACAAUUCCCAGUGAAGCUUUCUCCAGUUUCCCCAACAUUUCCAGGAUAUACAUAAGCACAGAUGUAUCCCUGCAGUCACUGAAGGCUUAUUCUUUCAACAAUUUAAGCAAAGUCACUCAUAUAGAUAUCCGAAAUGCUAGAAACCUGGGAUACAUAGAUCCUGAAGCCUUUAUGAAUCUCCCACUGCUAAAAUAUCUUGUGAUUUUGAACACCGGACUCAGAGUUUUUCCCGACCUCACCAAAAUUAACUCAGCAGAUCUGAACAUUUUGCUUGAAAUUGCUGAUAAUCCGUACAUGAGUUCCGUGCCGGCAAAUGCAUUCCAUGGACUAUGCAAUGAAUCUCUUAUACUAAAGCUCUACAAUAAUGGUUUCACAAAGAUAGAAGCUCAUGCUUUCAAUGGAACAAAGUUAGAUUCCGUGUACCUACAUAAGAACAAAUAUCUAAGAGUUAUUGAUGAUGAUGCGUUUGUGGGUGUACAGAGUGGUCCAAGUCUACUAGAUGUCUCCCAGACAGGCAUCACUACACUGCCAGAAAGAGGACUGGAAAACCUUAAAGAAUUGAUGGCUCGGAAUACCUGGACCCUGAAGAAAUUCCCCCCUAUAAAGACUUUUCCUUAUCUAACUCAUGCUGCUCUGUCAUAUCCAAGCCACUGCUGUGCUUUCAAGAACUGGAAGAAAGCCAAGGGAAUUCUAGAGUCCUUGUUGUGCAAUCAAACUGACAAUCACAACUUCCGCAAAAGAAGAUCUGCUCAUGUCUUCAGGGGCCCCAUUUACCAAGAUUAUGCAGAAGAUUAUUCUGAUCAGACCGAUGCUGUAUAUGAUGAGAACUCCAAAUUUAUAGAUGUUCAUGAGAAUUCUCAUUUUUAUGUCUUUUUCGAAGAGCAUGAAAAUAGAGUGGUUGGGUUUGGUGAAGAACUCAAGAACCCACAAGCAGAUAAUAUUCCAGCAUUUGACAGCCAUUAUGAUUAUGUUAUCUGUGCAAGUGCUGACGAUAUUAGUUGCACCCCUGGUCCUGAUGAGUUCAACCCUUGUGAAGAUGUGAUGGGCUACAAAUUUCUGAGGAUUGUGGUAUGGUUUGUGAACUUGCUGGCCAUUCUGGGCAAUGUUUUUGUUCUCUUUAUUCUACUCACCAGCCAUUACAAGUUGACUGUCCCACGAUUCCUCAUGUGUAACUUGGCCUUUGCUGAUUUCUGUAUGGGAUUAUACCUUCUCCUGAUUGCUUCAGUAGACCUCUACACUAGGUCGGAGUACUACAACCAUGCCAUUGAUUGGCAGACUGGGCCUGGUUGCAACACAGCUGGCUUUUUCACUGUCUUUGCUAGCGAGUUGUCUGUAUUCACCUUGACUGCUAUCACUUUGGAACGCUGGUAUGCCAUCACUUUUGCCAUGCGUUUGGACAAGAAAAUCCGUCUCUGGCAUGCUUCUGUUAUCAUGUUGGGUGGCUGGCUAGUGUGCUUCUUUCUUGCCCUUUUACCGUUGGUUGGAGUCAGCAGUUACGGGAAAGUCAGUAUCUGCCUUCCCAUGGAUACUGAAACAGCCUUGGAUCAAGCCUACAUUGUAAUUGUUUUAAUGUUGAAUAUCAUUGCUUUCACCAUCAUUUGUGCCUGCUACAUAAAAAUCUAUGUCACUGUGCGUCACCCCCAAUACAAGUCAGGGGACAAAGACACCAUCAUUGCCAAAAGGAUGGCUGUGCUGAUUUUUACUGACUUCAUGUGCAUGGCGCCAAUCUCAUUCUAUGCCUUGUCUGCUAUUAUGAACAAACCCUUGAUAACAGUCAGUAACUCAAAAAUCCUGCUGGUCCUCUUCUAUCCACUCAACUCCUGUGCUAACCCAUUCCUUUAUGCCAUCUUUACUAAAGCUUUCCGAAGAGAUGUUUUCAUCUUGCUUAGCAAGUUUGGAUUAUGUGAAUAUCAAGCUCAAGUCUACAGGGGCCAGACCAUCUCCCCCAAGAACAGCAGCGGCUCUUACAGCCAGAAGGGCAACAGAGGGAUUGGUCAGAAUCUCAGAAAGCUUCCAAGUCAUCCCCAUGGUUCACCUGGAGACUACCAAGCGGCAAUGACCCUGCAUAUUCAAGGGACCAUGGAUGAGAGUAAGCUGACUGUGUUAUAACAUCUGUGUGCAUAUUAUGGCCAGGCCAAU